AUGUCGGACAAAGCGCAGCAAAGGCUCCAGGCUCUGGGCAAACAUCUGGAUGCUCCUCCUCCCCUCAAGAUCGCCGGUCCCUCUGCGGCACCCCGGGUCCCGGGCAAGGUCAUCAUCAUCACGGGCGCAAACUCGCUCAUGGGCAUUGGUCGCGCCUCGGCCCACCAAUUUGCCGAGAACGGCGCCCGGGCAAUCUACAUUUGCGACUACGCCAAUGACAACCUCGAGCCGCACAAGAGCGAGCUCAACAAGCUGUAUCCCAAGGUCGACGUGCACACCCGCCAGUUCGACGCCGCCGACGAGACCGCCGUCAAGGAAGUCGUUUCUCACGCCAUCACCACUUACGGCAGGCUAGAUGUCUUUUUCGCCAACGCCGGCAUCACCGGGCCGCACAACGUCUUUACCGACAUUGGCGAGGAGGACUUUAUGCAGAACAUGCGAACUAACGUCUUGAGCGUCUUCCUUGCCGCCAAGCAUUCGGCCCCCGCCAUGGCCAAGACGUCGACCGAGAAGAAGACCCCCGGCGGCAGCAUCAUCCUCACCGCCUCCGUCGCCGGCCUCCGGUCCAACGCCGGCACGACCCCCUACUCUGCCGCAAAGGCCGCCGUCAUCUCCAUCGCGCAGACCUGCGCCUACCAGGCCGCCGGCUCCAACGUCCGCGUCAACGCCAUCUGCCCGGGCCUCAUCGAGACGGGCAUGACGUCGCUCAUGUACGACACGGCCCGCGCCCGAGGCACCCAGAGCAAGAUUGGCCAGGUCAACCCGUUGAAGCGCGGCGGCCACGCCGACGAGAUCGCCCGCGUCGCCCUCUUCCUCGGCAGCGACGAGAGCAGCUACGUCAACGGCCAGGCCUGGGCCGUGGACGGCGGCUUGAGCGCGGGACACCCGUACGUGCUUGGAAAGCUGGCCUGA